AUGGAAAGGCAACAGGAACUCAUGGUGGGAGCAGACCGACUCAGCGAUUUACCCGAUUCAAUCCUACUUCACAUCCUCUCUAUGUUGCCGAACAAUAAAGAAGUUGUGAGAACUAGUGUAUUGUCUGAACGAUGGCAGUUUCUCUGGAAAUUCGUUCCAACAUCACUCAAUUUCAACUUCCCGAUUAGUGACAAUGAAAAUGUCACUCGUGAUUACCUAGUUUCUAUCCACAAAGAACUUUAUUAUUGGAGGUCUUGCGAAAAAAUUCGGAAACUCAGAGUGUGGGGCCUUAAGUAUGAGGAGCGUUAUGCUAAAGAUGUUGAUAUAUGGGUUCAUUUUGCGACUAGACUUGCUAAUAUUGAAGAUCUUGAACUUGGUCUUCUUACCAAUAACCGAAGAUAUGAGUUUCCUCAAUUUGCAUAUAAAACUGCAUCGUUGAGGAAUUUGGUGUUAUGGAACUGCCGGUUGAACCCUUUUGGAAAUGUUAACUGGAGUAGUCUCGUUUCUCUUUCAAUUGUUUACAUGGGAUUCACAGAUGGUGUCGUGGAAAAGGUAUUAUCUGGUUGCCCUAACGUGGAGUACUUGGAAUUGGAAAAUUUUUUAGGCAUACAUCGUUUGGAAAUAAGAUCUAUGAAGUUGAGAGAAUUGAUUAUACGCGACUAUAAAAAUGAGAAUCAUGACCUUUGGCUCGAAUUAUUAGCCCCUUACAUUCAAAAACUGCAAAUUUUGGGGUUGUGCAGUGAGAUAUGCAUCAUAAAUGUGGCAUCACUUGUGACUGCGGUGCUUUGUUUUGAUUUUGAUUUUGAGGACGAAGAACAAAACUUGGAGAAGGAAUUUAGGUUUUUUAAGGAACUUCUUCAUAGCGUUGCCCACGUCGAGAAUCUUAACUUGGGAUCCUGGUGCAUAGAGUGCUUGUCCAUCUUGGAGUUGACAGGGUGGGAGUUUCCACCAUCAAGCCGGAAGUUCUUAGAACUUGGUGUGGAAUUUGAACAGUUGGACUUCCCUGGAAUUUGCUGUUUUCUGCAGAGCUCACUGGAUCUUGAGACAUUGGUCAUUGAUUGGUACGAUGUUGAAUCUGGAGACUUGCUGUCAAGGUACAUAAAUGAGGAUGAACAGAUCAGGAGGUUUGAGUCCCAUAGUUUUAAUGGCUCAUUUCCAUAUCUGAAGACCAUCAAGAUCCUUAACUUUUAUGGAUUUGUGCUGCCAUUGGUAAAAUAUUUGCUGAAGCAUGCAAUUGUGCUAGAAAAGUUUGACAUUGUUGUUGUAUACCAAGGGAGUGAUGUGUCUACGCAUUAUGCUACACAAUGGCACAAGAGCUCGCAAGCUAUCCAAGAUCCUCUCCGCAUGCUUCAGUUGACUUUUCUUAUUGAUGACUUUGGUCCCCUACCGUUUGUUAAUAUCGCAACAUACUUGACAUCUAUAACUUUAUGUUUGAAAUUGUCCGGUUUGAGCUGUCAGAAAAAGCUUGGAUUGCACUUGUCAAUAUCCAAGGAGGUGUUAGUAGUUCUUCAUGUCUAA